AUGGGGAAACACAGACGAAGGAGGCCGGAAAUGCUUCUGGCCUCCAAACUUCCAUAUACAAAUAAGGGAAAAUGUUUUGAGUUUGGAAUCCCAUACAGAGGAUCAAUAAAUACAACAAUCUCAGGGAAACAAUGUCAGAGAUGGGACCGACAAUACCCACAUCAACAUAACUUUUAUUACUGGCCUGGUACUGAUGAGAAUUUCUGCAGAACGUUGGACGAAGACCUGCCUUGGUGUUACACUACAAAUUCACAACUAAGAUAUGAGUUCUGCUAUGUUCAUAUUUGUGGUGAGUCAGUCAAUGACGCUGGGAUUGAUAGUUUUAGUCAUGCAGUAGAGAACUACUGUCGAAACUUUGAUAGAGAGGAACCUUGGUGCUUCACGAAUGAUUCUUCAAUUCGAUUGGAAUUGUGUGAUGUGGAAGUAUGCGAUACACCUUGCCUCAACCCUAGUAUUUAUACACAACAACGAGUUCUUCAACAUUGCAUUAAUCAAGUACAUAUCUUUCAGAACUGCAGCCAGCUAUGGGAAUUUCUGACCUGCUUAAAGCAGCGAAUUGAAAAUAUCACUUCUGCAAAAUGUUCAGAUAUCCCUCGAAAAGCUAUUGCUCUUGAGAUGCAGGAUGUGAUAGAAAAAACUCUGGGCUGGAAAAUUGACGGUUGUAAGUGGUAG